AAUAAACCGGUUGCUUGCGCAAAAUGCAGGACCGGCCUCAGUCUACCUGUUGAUUCUGUUGCGAAUUUCCCAUUACUCACAGAAUUCUGCGUAAACCUAAUUAGCCCCCCCGACCCUUUAACGGCGCAUAAAUCAGCUAAUACUUUCAUCCGAAUUUCCCACUUUUACACUAUAACUCCUUCCGACCAACCUGGGGAAAGUCUGCUCAACACGCGCAAGCAAAAAAACCGUAGAAUUCCCCACUCCAAAUACAGACAUAAGCCGCCUUAACUCCGUCUUUUGUCAACAGUGCGAAACCUUGAAUCCUAAUUUUGUAUAACACAGUAGUUAGAAACACCGCGAGUUCACUACUAUACGUGAAUCACAAAUAAACCUGUGGUAAAUCCACCAUUGCUACGUAAACUUGGCCAGCCUUUUUAACAUUCGAGCGUGUACCCAGCGGCUUCAGUUCAGUUCACGGCUUGCUUGUGACGAGACACAUCUAUAUAUACCAGUGCUGUUAAGAUAUUCUCUCAUAGUAACUGAUGGCAUCACACCACAACAACUAUUCAAGUUUGAUAGAAUCGAAUUCACCCAGUCCUCCCAGUCGCAUCCGAAGAGAAAACGUAACACCCAACAUGGCAGAAAAAGUGCCUUUAGUUGAGGUCAUUGACAACGAAAAACCCCCUUUGGCUACAGCCGAAACAGAUGAUGACUCGAAUGAUGACAGAGAAGUUGUUUCCGCCCCAUACCCCGGUGUAGAUGACGGGUUUUUCAAUGAAAAUGGUGAUAAAAAGAGUGAAGAUGGAGACAAAAAGAGUGAAGAUGGAGACAAUCCGGAUAGUGAAGAUUUUCCGAAAUAUGAUGGAGAUAUACCGAUAAUAAUAACGUCGAGAGCUGGAGGAGACGGUGAUAGUGAAAAACCGGACGAAGUUGAUGGAAUGCCGAAAGGGUUACAUCCUGGUUAUCCCGGAAGGUUUCCAUACGCUCCUGGCUUUGGAGGAGUUGAUAUUGAGACCGGAAGUGUAAUUCCGGAUUUAGAAUCCAUCCCAGACGUGAACAUUUAUCAACACAAGAAAACCCUAGCGCAGGGAAUGAUGGAUUUGGCUCUUUUUUCUGCCAAUGCAAAUCAGCUGCGAUACGUCCUGGAAAGCUUUAAUCGACAUCCUUAUUAUUAUCCCAGUUUGGUUCUGAUCUCAUUUAGCCUGCUUUGUCAAGUUGCUGUAGGCAUAGGACUCGUAUGGAAUGCCACAUACAACGUGAAGAACGAGAAGGAGAUAUGCAUAGCGAAUAAGAUAAACAAUUUUACUGUUAUUGGAAUAUUUCUUGUAACAGUUAUAAAUGUUUUUAUAUCUGCAUUUGGUGUUGCCAACGCGGCGCCAGUUGCUUAAAGUUUAGGUUUUAUGUUUUCUUGGUUUUGUUCAAAUGUACUGAAGCAUAUUGUGAUAUUUAGAUAUAGAGAAGGAAGUUGUUUUGUAUGACGUUUGUACAUAAGUAGGUUAUUAUUUAUUUUUUGGACGUUUUGUAUAUACAAUACACACGUAAAGUUUCUACUGUUAUAAGCCAUAAAAGAUUUCAAACAUUGACAUUGUUAUAGUGAUAUAGUACGAAAAUAAAUGACAAUACGUUAAA